AUGGUAUUAUUCGUCGUUCUUCAUCAUUCUACUAGAAAACUUGCCAAUGCAGAUAAACUCAAGGAGCGCAUUACAAAAGCCAAAGAAUAUCGUGUAUACAACUCUCAUAAAGGAUAUACUAAUCUCGUUAAAAGGACAGAUGCUCAACUUGAAGAGUUGUCCAAAUAUGAAGGUGGUACAUUUUUAAGUUAUAUAUUAGUAAUACUAGAGACUUGCGUUUUUUCAUUUGUUAGGUAG